CUGCUGUUGGCUGGUGCUCAGAGAAGCGCUCGCAGCCUGUACUGCAGUUCCUACAAGACCGAAUCAAACGGAACGGUAACCACGGCGCAAAUAUAAAGAUGGGGGAGCGCAGCGCUACCGAAUUGCGGAUUAAUAGGUCAGUAUUUGUCAGUCGAUAUUAAAACAAAUCAAUUGAAACGCAAGAGAGCUAUGAUGAAGAUGAUGAUGAUACGCCAGGAGUCGCGUGCGAGACCGUUGAUCGCUCUCAGCAGAUGCUGAUGAUGGUCGCGCGACCUGCGUGAUUUCCCCCCCGCUGGAGCUUCCUGGUUCCUUUGCAUCACCUUAUCUGAGUCCCAGCCAACCUGACAGAAUGAUUGAAGAGGGAAGUAAAAGCAGCAAAUCCAUGGUGGAGAAGAGACAGCUCUUCAUGGAGAUGAGGGCACAAAACUUUGAUGUUAUUCGUCUCUCAACGUAUAGGACAGCAUGUAAGCUACGAUUUGUUCAGAAACGAUGCAACCUUCACCUAGUGGACGUGUGGAACAUGAUUGAAGCUUUCCGUGACAAUGGGCUGAGCACGUUAGACCACAACGCAGAGAUUAAUGUGUCACGCCUGGAGACCAUUUUGUCCUCCAUCUUCUAUCAGCUCAACAAGCGGCUGCCCACCACCCACCAGAUAAACGUGGAGCAGUCCAUCGGCCUGCUGCUAAACUUCAUCGUGGCCACUUAUGAUAGUGAAGGCCAUGGGAAACUCACGGUGUUUGCUAUGAAGUCAAUGCUAGCUACGAUGUGUGGUGGUAAAAUACUGGACAAAUUACGUUAUAUAUUUUCCCAGAUAUCAGACUCAAAUGGAGUGAUGGUCUUUGCCAAAUUUGACCAGUUCCUGAGGGAAGUCUUGAAGCUCCCCACGGCAGUGUUCGAGGGGCCAUCAUUUGGCUACACCGAGCACUCUGUGAGAACAUGCUUCCCUCAGCAGAAGAAGAUCUUGCUGAAUACGUUUUUGGAUGUGUUGAUGGCAGAUCCACCCCCGCAGUACCUCGUAUGGCUACCUCUCAUGCACCGACUCGCUAAUGUAGAGAAUGUCUUCCAUCCAGUGGAAUGUUCGUAUUGCCGGAGUGAGAGCAUGAUGGGUUUCCGGUACCGCUGCCAGCAGUGCCAUGGCUACCAGCUUUGUCAGAGCUGCUUCUGGCGUGGUCAUGCCAGCGGUCCCCAUAGCAACCAGCACCAGAUGAAGGAGCACUCCUCAUGGAAGUCUCCAGCAAAGAAGCUCAGUCAUGCUAUCAGUAAGUCUCUGGGCUGCAUGCCGAUUGGAGAGCCGCCUCACCCUGUGUUCCCAGAGGCAGCAGAAAGACCUCAGGACCUCGCACACACUACUCAGCUGAGGCCAGUGGCCAACGACAUGAACGAUACCGUUCUCAUUUCCUCCAGGGCGCCCACGCCUUCAAAAAGUAGCACCCUUGAGAGUCCCAGCAGACUGGAUGAAGAACAUCGUCUUAUCGCGCGAUAUGCUGCUCGUCUGGCAGCGGAGGCCAGCAAUUCCACUCAAUGCCCUCCAACUGAUCUGAGUUUCAACUUUGAUGCUAAUAAGCAACAGAGGCAGCUCAUCGCAGAACUAGAGAAUAAAAACAGGGAGAUACUGCAAGAAAUCCAGCGUCUACGUCUAGAACAUGAACAGGCUUCUCAACCCACCCCUGAGAAAGCCCAACAGAACCCCACUCUACUGGCAGAGCUACGGCUGCUACGGCACAGAAAAGAUGAGUUGGAGAGGCGCAUGUCGGCCCUGCAGGAGAGCAGGAGAGAACUAAUGGUCCAGCUGGAAAGUCUCAUGAGGCUGCUGAAGGAUGAAGAGCAGAAACAGUCAGCUCAGACGGGGAGUUCGCCCCACUCAUCUCCCAGUCACAGUGCCAGCUGCACCAUGCCUAUGCCCAUCCGCUCCACCUCAGCCGGCUCAACCCCCACACACACGCCACAGGACUGCCUGGCAGGGGUCGGAGAUGACGUGCUGGAUGCCUUCUCUCAGGGUGUACCAAGAAAUCUCCGUAAUGAUCUUUUAGUGGCUGCAGACUCGAUCACAAACACUAUGUCGUCACUAGUGAAAGAACUUCACUCAGUGGACGACGGUAUAGAGGAAGAAGAGGAGAACAUGCGAAAUGGAAGGGAGAAGGCUGAGUCAGAGUAAAAGAAUAUAGAAUACUUCAUUGUCAUCGCUGAAGCAUUCUGGGAAAAGGCACUCCACCCCUUCAUUCUAAUCCCCAGGAAAGAACCAGCGACAUCAAAACCUCCCUGGCAUUCGCACAUAGACAAAUGCAUGCUCUUACCCAGCUGGGUUUCACUAUGUGAAACAAAUUCUUCAUCAAACUUUGCACAGAGCAAGUUGUAUUUAUUAGAAAGUAUAUAAAUAU